AUGUCAGCCCAAGGGGCUGUGGACGUCUUUGGACCAGCGAAGGCUCCAUCGGGGACCGGACAGAGGACGCUGUUCAGGGGGACCCUGCAGGACGAGGACGGAGCUGCCGCCUCUCUGGGUAAUGGGGUGACACUCCGUGUUAGCAGGAGGACACGGGGGGCUCCUUCUCCUCCUCCUUCUCUUUGUGGUGGUCUGGAUGGAGCGUCUGGGCAGCCGGAACAGGCUCCAGUGACCUUUGAGGAGGUGGCCGUGCGUUUCACGGAGGCGGAGGGGGCUUUGCUGGAUCCAGGCCGGAGGGCUCUGCACAGGGCCGUUAUGGAGGAGAAUUACGGGAUUCUGGCCUCCCUGGGGCUUCCGGUUCCCAGGUGGGAUCUCAUCUCCUGGCAGGAAGAAGAGGAUGAUCCGUUUGUCCGGGGCCCUGAGGAAGGGGAGAGACCAGCAGCUGACAGGAGGGACAGCAAUGAAAAUGGCCAACAACAGCACUGGCCGAAAACGCCUCUUUCUGACUUCCAUGAACUGGGCAUACUCAAAGACUGUUUUGAAGGAAACAAAAGAAUCAUUGAGAAUGGAGAGAAAGCGUCGAAAUGCUCUCAGUGCGGAAAGCACUUCAGUCAGCGGAUAAACCUUGCUGAACAACACAUUAUUCACACAAAAGAGGAAAAAAGUAAAUGUUUGGAGUGCAAAAACCAAUUCAGCUGCAGUUCAGGCCUUAACGGGCAUCAAAGUGCUGCCACAGGAGAGGAGCCCUAUGCAUGCUCAGAGUGUGGCAAGAACUUCAACCACAGCUCCCACCUUAAACAACAUCGAAGAAUCCACUCAGAGUGUGGGAAGAGCUUCAGGUACAGUAUAGAUCUUUAUGUCCAUCAAAGAACUCACACAGGACAGAAGCCCUAUCAGUGCUCAGACUGUGGGAAGAGCUUCAGGGAGAGAUCUUACCUUAACUCACAUAAAAGAAUUCACACAGGGGAGAAGCCCUAUAAAUGCUUAGACUGUGGGAAGAACUUCAGGCACCGUACCGGUCUUUACGGCCAUCGAAGAACUCACACAGGGGAGAAGCCCUAUCAAUGCUCAGACUGUAGAAAGAGCUUCUCUCAGAGUUUCCUCCUUAAGGCUCAUCAGAGUAUUCACACAGGUGAGAAGCUCUAUGAAUGUUCAGAGUGUGGAAAGAGUUUCUGUAAGAGGACCAACCUUAAACAUCAUCAAAUAAUUCAUACAGGAGAGAAGCCCUAUGUCUGCUCAGAGUGUGGAAAGUGCUUCAGUCACAGAUCUCACCUUAACUCACAUCAAAGAAUCCACACAGGGGAGAAGCCCUAUAAAUGCUCAGACUGUGGGAAGAGCUUCAGGCACCGUAACGGUCUUUACGGCCAUCGAAGAACUCACACAGGGGAGAAGCCCUAUCAAUGCUUAGAGUGUGGCAAGAGCUUCAGUUGGAGUGCCAACCUUAAAAAACAUCAAAGAAUUCACUCAGGAGAGGAAAAGACCUAUAAGUGCUCAGAAUGCGGAAAGAGCUUCUGUCGGAGCUUUGAACUGAACUUUCAUCAAAGAAUUCACAAAGGGAGAAGCCCUUCCAACACUUAGAUGCGAGGUCACCCCGUAUUCUUGCCUGGUCUUGGAGUACAGGGUUGUAUGAAUAAGCCGGAGCUCCAGACAGGCUCCAGCCUCUCAUUUGCCUAAAGAGAAAGAAGGAAGAAGAGGCUUCUGGGAUGCUGGUGGGCAGGUCCUGCUGACGGCUCGUUCCCCCUUCUCACCUGCUUGUGCUUUUGCUUGCCCUGUGCUGGU